CCCACUACGUUUUUUUCUGGUUUCAUGGGUGGGCGCAGCGGGAAUAUCGGGACCCCACCGCCGCAUUCCCCCCCAAGGAAAGUGGAGGGGGGAGAAAUAGGAAGAGGGUUUCCGAUCUCCCCUUCCACCUCCCCCUUCUUUUUCCCAGCUGCAGGGCUGUUGCGGGGAGGAGCCUGACGUCGGUCCGGCCCCGCCGAUCACGAGAGCUGAAAAAGCAGCAGCCCGGGCGGGCCCCGCAGUCUCUCGCCUCGGUUCCCGGGUUGCCUCCACCAUGAAGCGGCAGAGAUGCGUCGUUCUAAGCGCCGCCGCGAUCCUAGCCACUCUGGUGAUGGGCGCAGCAACGACCAGUGAGGGAGAUCAAGAAGCCGUCGAUCCAGGCAAACUCCUGGUACUGACAGCUGCCACAGAUGAGACAGAGGGUUACCAGCGCUUCCUGCGGACGGCCAAGUACUUCAACUACACUGUCAAGACUCUUGGCCUAGGAGAAGACUGGAAGGGUGGGGACGUGGCUCGGACGGUUGGCGGAGGACAGAAGGUCCGGUGGCUGAAGGCGGAAAUGAAAAAACAUGCCAAUGAGGAGGACCUAAUUGUCAUGUUUGUAGACAGCUACGAUGUGAUCCUGGCAGGGAGCCCCAUCGAACUCCUCUGGAAAUUCCUGCAGUUCAAGAGCAACGUGGUCUUCUCAGCGGAAAGCUUCUGCUGGCCAGAGUGGUCGCUGGCUGAGAAGUACCCGCCGGUGGGCGUGGGAAAACGCUUUCUGAACUCUGGAGGGUUCAUUGGCUACGCCCCCACCAUCCACCGCAUCGUCCAGCUCUGGAAGUACAAAGAUGAUGACGACGACCAGCUCUUCUACACACGCAUUUACUUGGAUCCUGCCUUGCGGGAGAAACAUAAGAUCACACUGGAUCAUAAGUCAAAAAUCUUCCAGAACCUGAAUGGCGCCAUUGACGAGGUAGUUCUGAAAUUCGAACAGACCCGAGUGCGCGCCCGGAACGUCGCUUACGACACCUUUCCUGUCGUCAUCCAUGGCAAUGGGCCCACCAAGCUGCAGCUGAACUAUUUGGGAAACUACAUCCCUAACACCUGGACCUAUGAGGGGGGCUGCGAAGUUUGUGAAGAAGGCCUCUUGGAUCUGUCAGGUCUGCCGGAAGAAUCAUAUCCACGCGUGCUUCUGGGUGUGUUCAUCGAGCAGCCCACACCCUUUCUGCCUCAGUUUCUUCAGCGUCUCUUGACCUUGAAUUAUCCAUACUCUCACCUCCGGCUCUUCAUCCACAAUCGCGAGGUGUAUCACGAGCCGCACAUCGAAGCCGAGUGGGAGCAGCUCCGUGGGGCCUUUGAGAGCAUCAAGCUUGUCGGGCCAGAGGAGGAGCUGAGCCAAGGGGAGGCGAGAGACAUGGCCAUGGAUCUCUGCCGCCAGGACCCCACCUGUGACUACUACUUUAGCCUGGACGCUGACGUGGUCGUGGCAAACCCGGACAUCUUGCAGAUAUUGAUCCAGGAGAACAAGAAGGUGAUCGCUCCGAUGAUGUCCCGCCACGGCAAGCUUUGGUCCAACUUCUGGGGGGCCCUGAGCCCCGAUGAAUAUUACGCGCGCUCAGAGGACUAUGUGGAAUUGGUCCAGGGCAAGAGGAUCGGAGUGUGGAACGUCCCCUACAUCUCUCAGGCUUAUUUGCUGCGAGGGGAAACUCUGCGCCAGGAGCUGCCCCAGCGCAACGUCUUCACCUUGGACGACACGGACCCAGACAUGGCCUUUUGCAAGACUGUGAGGGAGAAGGGCAUCUUCCUUCACAUCAGUAACCGGGACGAGUUUGGGCGCCUCCUUUCCACCUCCAGAUACAACAUAUCUCACCUAUAUCCUGACCUCAGGCAGAUCUCCGAGAAUCCCCUGGAUUGGCAGGAGAAAUACAUCCAUGAGAAUUACACUCAGGUACUGGAGGCGGAAUAUUACGAGCAGCCCUGCCCUGACGUUUAUUGGUUCCCCGUGUUCACCGACCAGAUGUGUGAUGAGCUGAUAGAAGAGGCAGAAAACUUUGGCCAGUGGUCCGGAGGGAAGCAUGAGGAUUCCCGGUUGGCUGGUGGCUAUGAGAAUGUCCCGACCGUUGAUAUCCACAUGAACCAAAUUGGUUUUGAGAAGGAAUGGCUGCAGUUCCUGCAGGACUACAUCGCUCCCGUCACGGAAAAGCUCUAUCCCGGCUACUACACUAAGGCACGAGCAAUCAUGAAUUUCAUGGUCCGCUACCGCCCGGAUGAGCAGCCCUCGCUCCGGCCGCAUCACGAUUCCUCCACUUUCACCAUCAACGUUGCGCUGAACCACAAAGGGAUUGACUACGAGGGAGGCGGCUGCCGGUUUAUCCGCUACAACUGCAAAGUGGAAUCCCCCCGCAAGGGAUGGACCUUGCUGCAUCCCGGACGCCUCACGCACUACCACGAAGGACUGCCCACCACCCGUGGGACCCGCUACAUCAUGGUCUCGUUUGUGGACCCCUAACACCAGCUCCACCCCCCUGGUCCUGGGGCAGUGAGUGGGCCGCGGUGGUCAACACGCUGGCAGGAAGAGACUUGUGGGGGGGCAGACGCAGGCGGGUCCUUCCUCUCCGGCUCGGCUGCUGCCUUCCUUGGUGCCUUUGAAAAUGGAGGGAAACAAAUAACUACGUCCGGUGCAGAUGGAUACAGUCCUUGCCUGGCACUGAACUUUGGGUCACCAUUAGUGACAACCUCCCCCCCCCCCCAAUAAUAUGUGGGUCAAAGAUGACAGGCUGUUUGUGCCUCUGUCUCUAACAAAACGUUGCCCGUUCAGGAUGUGUUUUCAGUGCCUCCCUCUCUCAGCGUGGCCCAGCCAGCUGGAGAUACCGUUGUUUUAGCAGUAGCACAACCAUUCUUUAAACAUUUUUUAGUUCCUUGCUCAAAUCAAGGCACCUCUGGGUUUUUUCCUACAAAUAUACGGACUACCGCUGCUGUUCUGGUUUUGCCCCAGGUCUUCACUCUGCCCCCUCCACCCACCUUUUCCUAUGAGCCUAGGAGUGUCUUUGUCACACCGAAGCUCCCGUCCCUGCAUUUUGUGAAAGAAUGCCUCUGAGCAACUGCAGAGUGUUUUUCAUCUAUAACUCCCGGCCGCAUGCGGUUGAGGAUCUAAGUGGAAGGUGUUUCUUCGUUUCAUUGCACCUUUAAAAACAAAAAAAAGCAGGGGGAGGAUGAAGAGAAAAAUCUCUUCUUACAGGCACAGGGUAAAAUCAGUAUUAAGGGAGAAGUAAGUCGUUCGCAACUGGACCUAACGGUCAGGGGUCUCUUUAAGCUAAUGAGAGGUCACCUAGUAACUCCCACAGAAGGGGAAUUUCAAGUUGACCUAUACUAUACAUUUAAAGCUGGUUGUAGAAUUUGAAAAGUCAUGGCUCCCUCCCAAAGUAUCCUGGGAGCUGUAGUUUGCUGAGGGUGCUGGGAAGUGCAGCUCCGGGGGCAAACUACAGUUCCCAUGGUUCAUUGGUGGAAGCCUUGUGCUUUAAAUAUAUGGUGUGGUCCUCCUCCCUCCACACAGCUACAGUUCCCAGGUUAGUUUAACAAUCAAUUCCUCUUCCUAGUGAACUCCGGAAAUCGGGUCUCUCUCUCUGUGUCUCCCAACAACUCUCAGCACCCCUAACAAACUAUAGUUCCUAGGUUUCUUUUGUGAGGGGGAGCCUUGGUUUAAAAAAGUGGUAUAAGAGUGCUGUAAAUGUUUGGUGUGGAUGUGGCCUAACCUCGAGGCGCAACAGCAACAGAGGAGAGCUUGCCUUACGCUGCUGCAGCAGGGGUCCCUAUUAUGCUUGAUUUUUGAAGUAUUUUAAACACUGUGACCAAGGCAGCACCUACUCAGACACACACACACGCACCCCUCUCGGGGCAUCUGCAAAGUGUGACUAAUGUCUUUUUAGCAGUAUGUGGAAAAUGUGGUGGGGAGGGAUGUUUUUUGCAUUUGUCAGCAUGCCUAAGCCAGGAACUCCCCUCCCCUGGGCUGAGGAGGGAAAGGCCUGGCUUGGCACUUGUGAGACAGGGGCCUUGCGUAAUCUCCCAUAAUCCUGUGGGCUUUUCUUUUUGGCCCUCAGCCUAGUCUGGCUGGUUGGGUGGACAUGCGUCGGCUGCUUCCUGUACAAAGCGUGCAUUAAGUUAUUGGCGUGGCUGUUCCACAGAACACCAAAUAAAUCUACCUUU